AUGCUCAGACGGUCGUGCCAGUUUGCCCUGCAAACUCGAAAGAGGUCCUCGCUGACGCUCCCUAAAACUGCCCCUAUCACCAGGAAAAGCCAGGACGAAAUCGAGAUCGCACAGGCACCAAAUAGAGUCGCUACAUGGUCACCUAGCCAAUCGUCUAAAGACCAUAUCAUUAAGACGAAUGUUCGCUUUGUUGGCAGGGACCUCACUAAACAGCCAAACCCGCAAGCAGCAAUUGACCUGAUUGCCCAACAGCCUAUUAGAUACAUACACAACAACAUUGCGGUCUGCAGCGGAACAGACAUCUUCCAGGGCCACCCGAAGGUCUACAUCAACCUCGACAAGGAUAUGCCUGGAACUUGUGGCUACUGCGGACUGCGCUAUGCCAGAGAGGAACUGAAGGAUAAGUUGUCCUAG